AUGCCAGCUCAAAUGCUGUCGCUGGACAGAAGGCUCAUUGAAUGCAUCCUCCAUGCAAAAUGUCGUGGAUUCGAUCCUGUGUGGGUGUCCAGCCGACAUCGUGGAUUUGUGGAUAACGAAGAUGCCGCGCUUACCUCAUCAAAUAGGCUAUUCUACAUUUGGAUUAGUAUAACCUCAACCAAUCAAAACGGCCAACGGGACGGGCGGGUCUCGAGUCUGGCGCUGCGAUUGGUGGAGGCCUUGGCGACUGUUGACUCGCGUCCGUUCCGUGAGCGGAAGGCUUGGACGACAGAGGCACCUUUGACGUCAAAGGAACGACUGAGCAGCCCCGGACGUCGAUUGUCUCGAGAAGAUUCCCUACCUCUCUCCGGUGGCUCAAGCUUCUAA